AUGGCGCCCAAGAAGGGAAAGAAGAAGCAGCAGGACGACGACUGGGAGGCCGAGCUCGGCGAAACCGUCACCACCGAAAACGAUGCCCUUGCACAGGAGGCCCAGGCCGCCGAGGGAGCUGGCGCCGAGGACGAGGCGGGCGGCGGUCUGAUGGCCGCGCUGCAGAGGCGAGGCAAGAAGAAGAACAAGAAGGGCGCCAACACAGAGGUCGAGGGUGAAGACCGCCCGGCCGCCGAUGCCGGCGACGCCUUCGCAGACAAGGCGCCCCAGGAGGCCAGCUUCGAGGACGACGACGACGUCUUCGCUGGCAACUACGGCAAGAAGAACAAGAAGGGCGGUGCCGCUGCUCCGAAGGAAGAGGCGCCUGCGGAAGAGGCGCCUGCGGAAGAGGCGCCCACCGAGGCGCCGCGCAUGAAGACCAAGGCGGAGAAGGAGAAGGAGAAGAAGGAGAAGGAGAAGCAGCGAAAGAAGGAGAUGGCUGCAAAGAAGAAGGCCACCGGUCCUGUGAAGCCCGAGCCCAAGGCCGUCGAGGCCAAACCCGUCGAAGUCGCUGCACCCACCCCCGAGCCUGCUGCUGCCGCCGGUGGCAAGAAGAAGAAGGUGCCCGCGGCUCUUGCAGCGCUCCAGAAGCAACAGGAGGCGCUGCGAAAGCAGCAGGAGGAGCAGGCUCGCCUCGAGGCCGAAGACAAGGCCCGCGCCGAGGAAGAGGAGAGGCUCGCGGAAGAGGAAGCGAAGCGCAAGGAGGAGGCCAAGGCGGCCAAGAAGCAGCGCGAGAAGGAAAAGGUCGAGCAGCUCAAGAAAGAGGGCAAGUACAUGACCAAGGCGCAAAAAGAGGCCAAGGCGAAGGCCGAUCUGCGUCUCAAGCAGAUGCUCGAGAGUGGCGCCAAGGUGGCCGCGCUCGAGGGCGAGGCAGAAGCGGCCAAGAAGCCAAAGUACGACGACCGCAAGAAGAGGAAGCAGCAGCAGGAGCAGAAGGAGCGGGAAGCCCGCGAAGCCGAAGAGGCUGCGAAGAAGCUCGCAGAGCUCAAGCUGGCUGAAGAGCAAGCUGCAGCAGCCGCUGCAGAGGCCGAGAAGGCUCGCGCCGACGCCGAUGCUAAGAAGGGAGAGGACUCGGCGGACGACUGGGAGGCCCAGGCUGACGAACUGGACGACGUCAAGGACAGCUGGGACGUCGAUACCGACGAGGAGGAGGAGCGCAAGGCGAACAAGGCAGAUCAGGCCAAGGCUGCGGCAGCAAAGGUCGCAGACGCAGCGCCUGAGCCCGCUGACAAGACCGUUGCGAAGCCUGCUGCGACAGCCGCCGACUCGGACUCUGAGUCUGAGGAAGACUCCGACGACGACAGCGAGGACGACUCCUCCGAGGACGAGCAGGGGACUGCCACACAACGGGCUGAAGCCGCCCGUAAGCAGGCGGCCGCCGAGCGACGAAAGGAGGCACACGAGGCUGCCCUGGCCCAGCGUUCCAAGGACAACCUGCGAUCGCCCAUUUGCUGCAUUCUCGGUCACGUCGACACCGGUAAAACAAAGCUGCUCGACAAGAUCCGUCAGACCAACGUCCAGGAAGGCGAGGCCGGAGGUAUCACCCAGCAGAUUGGUGCCACCUACUUCCCCGUCGAGGCUCUGGAGAAGAAGGUGGCCGUGGUCAACAAGGACCGCAGCUUCAAGUUCAACGUGCCCGGUCUCCUGGUUAUCGACACACCUGGUCACGAGUCUUUCACCAACUUGCGAUCUCGCGGCUCGUCGCUCUGCAAUAUUGCCAUUCUGGUUAUCGACAUCAUGCACGGUCUUGAGCCCCAGACCAUCGAGUCGAUGAAGCUGCUCCGUGACAGGAGAACCCCCUUCAUCGUCGCGCUCAACAAGAUCGAUCGUCUGUUCGGCUGGAAGAAGAUCGACAACAACGGCUUCGAGGACAGCUUCAACCUCCAGAAGGCGUCGGUCCAGUCCGAGUUUGAGGAGCGAUGGACGUUUGUGCGCACCCAGCUGGCUGAACAGGGAUUCAACUCUGAAAUCCACUACAAGAACAAGAGCAUUUCCAAGUACGUCUCGGUGUGCCCCACCUCCGCGCACACUGGAGAGGGCAUCCCCGACAUGAUCAAGCUCAUCGUCAACCUCACCCAGAACCGACUCACCAACAACCUCAUGUACCUGUCUGAAGUCGAGUGUACUGUGCUGGAAGUCAAGGUCAUCGAGGGUCUUGGUACUACCAUCGACGUGAUCCUGUCCAACGGUGUUCUCCACGAAGGCGACCGGAUCGUGCUUUGUGGUAACCCCGAGCCGAUUGUCACCAACGUGCGAGCGCUCCUCACGCCCGCGGAGAUGAAGGAGCUGCGAGUCAAGUCGCAGUAUGUGCACAACAAGGAAGUCAAGGCAGCCAUGGGUAUCAAGAUUGCCGCCGACGGCCUCGACACCGCCAUUGCUGGUUCGCGCCUGCUGGUCGUCGGCCCCAACGACGACGAAGAAGACCUCAUGGACGAAGUCAUGGGCGACCUCGAACAUCUCCUCAGCAGAGUCUCCAAGACCGGCCGCGGAGUGUCUGUGCAAGCUUCAACUCUCGGUUCCCUCGAAGCGCUGCUCGAGUUCCUGCGCGUUUCCAAGAUUCCCGUGGCCACCAUCUCCAUCGGCCCCGUGUUCAAAAAGGACGUGUUGCGCGCUGGUGUGAUGUUGGAAAAGUCGCGCGAAUACGCGGUGAUGCUGUGUUUCGACGUAAAGGUCGACAAGGACGCGAAAGCGUACGCGGAAGAGAUUGGCGUCAAGAUCUUCGAGGCGGACAUCAUCUACCAUCUCUUCGACAAGUUCACAGCACACAUGAAGCAGCUCGAGGAGCAGCGCAAGGAAGAGUCCAAGAUGCUGGCCGUCUUCCCCUGCGUGCUGCGCCCGGUCGCCGUCUUCAACAAGAAGGACCCCAUCGUGAUUGGUGUCGACGUCAUCGACGGCAACCUGAGGAUGACCACACCCGUCUGCGCCAUCAAGAAGAACCCAGCCACGGGCGUCAAGGAAAUCAUCCAGCUCGGCAGAGUUACCUCGAUCGAGCGCGACCACAAGCAAAUCGCCGUGUGCAAAAAGGGCCAGCCGUCGGUGGCGGUCAAAAUCGAAGGCCCCAAUCAGCCCAUGUACGGCCGGCACCUGGAGGAGGACGACACGCUGUACUCGGCCAUCAGCCGCAAGAGCAUCGACACGCUGAAGGAGUUCUUCCGCAGCGACGUGACGCAGGACGAGUGGAAGCUGCUGAUUGAGCUGAAGAAGAUGUUUGACAUCAUGUAG